AGUAGAAAGUUGGAAACUGAAACCACAGCCAAAUUUCUGUGGGUCUUCUUGGAUAUUUUUAUGCAGCUUGUCUGUUUCUGGUAUGUGAAACUUGCACGGUUUGCACUUUGUUUUUCUGUUCUUCAUCGUAGUUCCAUAUAUAUCUUUGGGAAUCCUCGUAUACAUGAUAAUCUCAAAAUCUAACGAAGACCCACUUCAAAUCACCUCCAAUUCUGUCUAACCCUUGUCCCUAUUUUCCUUCUCAUCCCCUAUAUGAACCCCAAAAUUCGAUCUUUGUAAUAGAAUUUUCCUUCAUUUUCUCUAAUUUAUUUUUUCCCGGGAAAAUCCCGUAGACCUACAACCAUGGCUGCUGCACUAAGAUCAAAAUCAUCUAGAGACACGGUCACUCAAUUCAGAUUCUUCAUACUCAACCACUUGCACGGUGGUGGUCGUAUGCUUAGUUCCUUUUCCAAUUACAGAACCAAAUGGGACAAUUCAUUCUCUAACACUCACAACCAUUUCACUUCAUUUAAACGAGUCUCAGUUCAUGGGGAUUUGGUCGAUAGGGGCACUGGAAUUAGCGAUAAUCGAAGGUUUUUGCCUAGUUUUGUCAAGAAUAGGAGGAAAUCUGGGUAUGCCUGUAAUAUUUUGAAUUCUUAUGGAGAACCCCCUGAGAUUUGGCAACCUCCUGGAGAUGGAAUUGCAGUCCGUCCAGGUGUGAAAUUGGUUCGGGUUUCGGAUGGGGACACUGCGACCACGGGUUCGGGAGGUGGGUAUGGGUCGACUUCGAAAGAUGGGAGUUGGGGAGGAUCGAAUUUGGGUAACAAUUUUCCGACCCCCAGAGAGAUCUGUAAAGGGCUUGAUAAGUUUGUAAUUGGGCAGGAGAGGGCAAAGAAGGUGCUUUCGGUGGCAGUUUACAAUCACUAUAAGAGGAUUUCUAAUGACUCUUCACAGAAGUGGCCUGCAGGAGACUCAGUCAAUGACAAAACAGAUGCCAUGGGUGAUGAGUCUGUGGAACUUGAGAAAAGUAAUGUGCUUCUAAUGGGGCCAACAGGUUCAGGGAAGACAUUACUCGCCAAAACUUUGGCACGGUUGGUGAAUGUUCCCUUUGUUAUUGCGGAUGCCACUACACUAACUCAGGCAGGAUAUGUUGGGGAAGAUGUGGAGUCCAUAUUAUACAAGCUGCUUAUGGUUGCUGACUAUAAUGUGGCAGCUGCUCAGCAAGGCAUUGUGUAUAUUGAUGAAGUUGACAAGAUUACAAAAAAGGCUGAGAGCCUCAAUAUAAGCAGGGAUGUAUCGGGUGAGGGUGUCCAGCAGGCAUUACUAAAAAUGUUGGAAGGAACGGUAGUCAACGUCCCAGAGAAGGGGGCUCGAAAGCAUCCUAGAGGUGACAAUAUUCAGGUUGAUACAAAAGAUAUUCUCUUUAUAUGUGGGGGUGCCUUCAUCAACUUGGAGAAAACUAUCUCAGAAAGGCGUCAAGAUUCUUCUAUUGGGUUUGGUGCUCCAGUCCGUGCAAACAUGAGGAGCAGUGGCAUUACAAGCGCUGUUGUGGCAUCAUCACUAUUGGAAACUGUUGAGAGCAGCGAUCUUAUUGCAUAUGGUUUGAUACCUGAAUUUGUUGGACGAUUUCCCAUCCUUGUUAGUUUGUCGGCUCUCACCGAGAACCAACUUGUUCAGGUGUUAAGAGAGCCAAAAAAUGCCUUGGGGAAGCAAUACAAAAAGAUGUUUACAAUGAACGGAGUGAAGUUGCAUUUCACAGAAAAUGCAUUGAGAUUAAUUGCUAGGAAAGCAAUAACAAAGGAUACUGGUGCUCGGGGUCUAAGAUCCAUCUUGGAGAAUAUUUUGAUGGAUGCCAUGUAUGAGAUUCCAGAUGUAAGAACCGGUAAUGAUAUAAUAGAUGCUGUUGUAGUUGAUGAGGAGGCUGUUGGAUCAGAGGGACGCGGGUGUGGAGCCAAAAUCCUCUAUGGGAAGGGUGGAUUGGACCGCUAUCUUUCACAAAAUAAAUUAAAAGAUAUAGAGAUGGGUGCAGAGGUCUCUGAUGCGGAAUCCGAGGUGGAACCGGAGCUUCCUUCAAUUGUUGCUUUGUAACCAUUUCCUGAAGGUUUAUAUUUCUGGUCUCACCCAAUGUACAAUAAUAUAAAAUUUAAAUGAAAAACAUUAGUUUAAUAGAUUAACUAUGCAAUUAUUUGUCUUCUGGUGUUUUCAAUUCAAUUAUGAAGUAACCCAGUCCCAUCUGAUAAAAUGAGACUUCAAUUUUUGUCAUGGACCUCUAUGGGUCACUACUAGUAUCUUGCUGAUUGUUUGAAACUCUGCUCCUGUCCUAUAGGAAAGUAAACUAGUUCAAUUUCUAUGUGGA